AUGCGCGACACGUUGAUUAUGAAAACCCGUUUACGAGUCAUUCCUUCACCACACCCAUACCACCCCCCUCCGCAUUAUACCCAACCACUUACUUUUAUUCUUUAUCACCUCGUGCGACAUUGUCGCCACCUUAUUUUUUCUGUCGUGUCCUCUGUUCAUCGGUUCUCGUCGCUUAUUCUUAGACUAGUCCUGUAUGUCUUGAUCAGCGAUAGCACCACUUUUUUGGCGCUGCACUCCACUGCAAAGAUGAAACACACUGUCAAGAAGACAAUAAGAGAAAGCCAAGCGGGUAAAUGUCCGAACCGGAAUAUAGAAAUCCAAUUAGAAUCGGAGGCAAUGCGGCUUGAUAUUAACAGGGUGCUUCUUUCGAAAAACGGUUGGUCAGACGGCGGAGGGUCAAGCAGCCUGUGUCUAAAAAUGGCGCGAUCGACAUCUCCAAUGAUAGGCACCUGGGAAGAUUACAUCAAAAGUGGUCAUGCUUGUGAUAUCAAUUGUGUUCGGCCCUGCAGUUUUAUCAAAGUAAAUACCGAGGAUGAGGACCCAACUAAGACAUACGUACCUAUCGUAGAGGACGAGGGAGGCAACUUGGGAGCAGCGAAUUUGAGCGCGACGCAAAAAAUGUUUUCUUGUGUGCGAGUUGCCGGAGUUGACGUCUGGCAUCAGGCGCAUGAUCAGAGGGGCAGAGGUCGCGCCGUCGUGGCGCAGGGUCCUCAACACAAACACAGGGACUGGCAGUGGCGUCCAGAGCGUCUGAAUGUGGACCUGCAGUCUGUAGACUGGGCGGCGCAUCCUCCACGGUCUAGAGAAGGUUCUGCUCGGUUAAACAAGGUUUACUCGGGGCAUUGCAAAAUUAAAAAAGAUGGGAAAGGCGUUUUGUCGAUUAGGAAUGAGGAAGCCGACGGUGCGUUCCUCGGUCCGAGACCUGUCGGAGGGACUGGGCGCAGGUGA